AUGACCGGCUCCUGCUGCGGCUCUACCUUCUCUUCCCUGAGCUACGGGGGAGGCUGCUGCCAGCCCUGCUGCUACCGCGACCCCUGCUGUUGCCGCCCCGUGACCUACCAGACCACCGUGUGCCGCCCCGUGACCUGCGUGCCCCGCUGCACGCGCCCCAUCUGCGAGCCCUGCCGCCGCCCGGUGUGCUGCGACCCCUGCUCCCUGCAGGAAGGCUGCUGCCGCCCCAUCACCUGCUGCCCCACGUCGUGCACGGCUGUGGUCUGCAGGCCCUGCUGCUGGGCCACCACCUGCUGCCAGCCUGUGUCUGUGCAGUCCCCCUGCUGCCGGCCCCCCUGCGGCCAGCCGACGCCUUGCAGCACCACCUGCAGGACCUUCUCCUGCUGA